AUGCCGGGCAGCGGCUCCGGCGAGAGGAUGACGUGGCCCGGCCCGGCCCUCCCCACGGCCCCCCCUAUGCGCCCUCUCUCCUCAGCCCCGGGGACACCACCCAUCCCACCCCUCACCCGGACCCGCAGCCUCAUGGCCAUGUCCCUGCCGAGCAGUCGACGGGCCUCUGCCGGAUCCCGCAGGCGCACCUCUCCACCUGUGAGCAUGCGGGAUGCCUAUGGCACCUCUUCUCUCAGCAGCAGCAGCAACUCGGGCUCCUGCAAGGGCAGUGACGGCAGCCCCACGCCCAGGCGCUCCAUGAAGUACACGCUGUGCAGCGACAACCAUGGCAUCAAACCACCCACCCCGGAGCAGUACCUGACACCGCUGCAACAGAAGGAGGUGUGCAUCCGGCACCUGAAGGCCAGGCUGAAGGACACGCAGGACCGGCUCCAGGACCGGGACACAGAGAUCGACGACCUGAAGACGCAGCUGUCACGCAUGCAGGAGGACUGGAUCGAGGAGGAGUGCCACCGCGUGGAAGCCCAGCUGGCCUUGAAGGAGGCCCGCAAGGAGAUCAAGCAGCUCAAGCAGGUCAUCGACACUGUCAAGAACAACCUGAUUGACAAGGACAAGGGGCUGCAGAAGUACUUCAUGGACAUCAACAUCCAGAACAAGAAGCUAGAGACACUGCUGCACAGCAUGGAGGUGGCCCAGAACGGCAUGGCCAAGGAGGACGGCGCCGGCGAGUCGGCGGGUGGCUCUCCCGCACGCUCCCUCACCCGCAGCUCCACCUACACCAAGCUGAGUGACCCGGCGGUCUGCGGGGACCAGCCCCCUGGGGACGGGGCUGACAGUGGCUUCGUGGCAAACGAUGACACGAUGAGCCGGACGGAUGCGCUGGAGGCCAGCAGCCUGCUGUCAUCGGGGGUGGACUGCGGCCCCGAGGAGGCCUCGCUGCACAGCUCCUUCAGCCUGGGUCCCCGCUUCUCUGCCAGCAACCCCUACGAGAAGCUGCUGUGCGGCAUGGAGGCCGGCGUGCAGGCCAGCUGCGUGCAGGAGCGUGCCAUCCAGACAGACUUCGCGCAGUACCAGCCUGACCUAGACACCAUCCUGGAGAAGGUGACCCAGGCCCAGGUCUGUGGGACAGGUCCCGAGUCAGGGGACAGGUUCCUGGAGCCGGAUCCCCACCCCCCAGGGCCCAGAGACCUCAACUCAGCAGUGGUGGUGACGGUGGGCGAUGAGCUUGAGGCCCCAGAGCCCAUCACCCGUGGGCCCACCCCACACCGGCCUGGUGCCAACCCCAACCCCGGCCUGUCGGUGAACGUGGUGUGCCCCACGGAAGAGGAAGAGGAGGCAGCCUCAGCUGAGAAGGAGCCCAGGAGCUACUGGAGCCGCCACUACAUUGUGGAUCUGCUGGCCGUGGUGGUGCCGGCGGUGCCCACGGUGGCCUGGCUCUGCCGCUCCCAGCGGCGCCAGGGGCAGCCCAUUUACAACAUCAGCUCCCUGCUGCGGGGCUGCUGCACUGUGGCCUUGCACUCCAUCCGCAGGGUCAGCUGCCGCUCGCUGAGCCAGCCCGGCCCCAGCACGGCCGGCUCCCAGCUCUGAGGACGCCCUCCUGGCCCGUGCUCGGCGGCCUGACCACCGAGUAGAAGGGUGCCGUCCUCCCGCCCACACAUUCCCAGGGGGCAUCAUCUUAUUUAUUUAG